GUUCACUUCCGGCAGUGGCUCUUGACGGAUCGGUAUUCAACAUAUGGCGGGCCCAAUAAUAUUCUAACACCAUACAAAUGGAAUCCGAAGCUAAAGAAGGAGAUGAAGAGAGCCUGCAAACAGCUUUCAAAAAGCUGAGAGUGGAUCCAGCUGGAUCUUCUACAUCUGAAGGAACAGGACUAAGAGCUCCAGUCAGAGCAGCUGUUGAUGGAGGAAGGCAUCAAACUAUCUGUUCAAGAGAGACUUGGCAUGGGUGUACAAGGAAACCCUUGAGAGGCGCAACAAGACCACAGCGUCGCAGGCGUUCCAAAUCCCCAGUCUUGCAUCCCCCCAAGUUUACAUACUGCAGUGUGAAAGCAUCUUCUUCAAGUAAUCAGCUGAAACACAAAAGCCAGAUCGAAGCUUCAAAGAACAAAAUUGGCCCAGACCCUGGUGUUACAGAAGAGCCGUACUUGGGAGGAAAGAGGUGCCCCCUUUUCGACAGCAGCAGCUGCAGGAGAGCCAGAGCAGAACACCAGAGCACUUUCACAAGUGAGCAGCCUUCAGAGAAUUUGGGAAAGAGUUGCCCUGCCUUUUCUUUGACCUUUGAAACCAGCCUGGAUCCUAGCCAACCUUCAGAUUUCCAGUCACUCUCCAAGCUGAGUUACGGGAAGCAAUGCUCUUGCGUGGACAAAGAAUGCCGGUGCAAACCAUGGCAAGCAAUAGAAGCAUACUCCUUUUCUGGUUUGCGGAGCGUCCUGUCAGAAUGUGAAAAGGCAGUCCUGGAAGUGCGUUCACAGUCUUUGCCAAACCGAUCGCCUUCUGGUAUGGGUUCGUCAGGCUCAGCCCGGUCUUGUUCUGAGCAAGCUCGAGUCUUUGUGGAUGAUGUGACUAUUGAAGAUCUUUCAGGGUACAUGGAGUAUUACUUAUAUAUUCCCAAGAAAAUGUCCCACAUGGCGGAGAUGAUGUACACUUGACAUGAGAAUCAUGGGUUGGAAAUUCAGUGGUGGUAGUGAGAUAUUCCCCUCAGUGCCAUAGUUGGAAAUGUGUUCAUUGUCAUUGCUGCGUGUUUGAUCAAAUGUUUAUUUGCGCCAUACAGUGUAGUUUUUUAAAUAAAGUAAAAAAGAGACACUA